UUCUUCCGGGUGGGGCCCGGGGCGGAGGCGAUGGCGCCCUGGGCGCUCCUCAGCCCUGGGGUCCUGGUGCGGACCGGGCACACCGUGCUGACCUGGGGUAUCACGCUGGUGCUCUUCCUGCACGACACCGAGCUGCGGCAGUGGGAAGAGCAAGGGGAGCUGCUCCUGCCCCUCACCUUCCUGCUGCUGGUGCUGGGCUCCCUGCUGCUCUACCUGGCUGUGUCACUCAUGGACCCUGGCUAUGUGAACACUCAGCCCCAGCCACAGGAGGAGCCCAAGGAGGAACAGACAGCCAUGGUUCCUCCAGCCAUCCCUCUUCGGCGCUGCAGAUACUGCCUGGUGCUGCAGCCCCUGCGGGCCCGGCACUGCCGUGACUGCCGCCGCUGCGUCCGUCGUUACGACCACCACUGCCCCUGGAUGGAGAACUGCGUGGGGGAGCGCAACCACCCGCUCUUCGUGGCCUACCUGGCCCUGCAGCUGGUGGUGCUCCUGUGGGGCCUGUACCUGGCAUGGUCCGGCCUCCGGUUCUUCCAGCCCUGGGGACUGUGGCUGCGGUCUAGUGGGCUCCUCUUCGCCACCUUCUUGCUGCUAUCUCUCUUUUCCCUGGUGGCCGGCCUGCUCCUGGCCUCGCACCUCUACCUGGUGGCCAGCAACACGACCACCUGGGAGUUCAUCUCCUCCCACCGUAUCGCCUACCUCCGCCAGCGGCCCAACAAUCCUUUCGAUCGUGGCCUGACCCGAAACCUGGCCCACUUCUUCUGCGGCUGGCCCUCGGGCCCCUGGGAGACCCUCUGGGCUGAGGAGGAGGAGGAGGAAGGCAAGAGCCAGGCCGUCUAGGGUCACUGGAGAUAGGGCUGCCAGCCUGUGCCGGGAACAUGAGGCUGAGUGAGCCCGGCUCGGCCUGGGCUCUGGGCUCCCACACACUCCUCCCAGGCCUCAGCACACCUUGGGGGGGGCUCUGCCUUCCCUGGGGAAGAUGGAGAGAAAUGGGGCCUGGGGCAGCUCCAGCACAAAUGGACCCCAGACUCUCUCCCAGCCCUCAGCUGGGCUUCUUUCAGUGCUAAAUAAUUCUACACAUUUAAUAUUCCAUAAAGUCAAGUAUUAAAAAAGACAAAACCA